AUGAAUCGCACACUCACAGAUAAUACCAGAGCCAUAAAUGUGGUCCCCAGCCUCGGUGCUCCUCAACAAAGGACGAUUUUUGCCAAGGAGAGAAUAUCCAUCCCAGGAUACUACGAAAUUAUCCAAUUCCUAGGCAAGGGCGCCUAUGGGACAGUAUGCUCCGUGAAGUUUAAAGGUCGGAACCCUGCCGCUAAGAUAGCGGUUAAGAAAAUCAGCAACAUCUUUAAUAAGGAGAUCCUUUUGAAAAGGGCAAUCCGUGAGUUGAAAUUCAUGAAUUUCUUCAAAGGCCAUAAAAAUAUUGUUAAUCUAAUCGAUCUCGAGAUAGUGACGAGCUCACCUUACGACGGGCUGUAUUGCUACCAGGAACUAAUUGAUUAUGAUUUGGCCAAAGUCAUACAUUCGUCCGUGCAACUCUCGGAGUUCCAUAUCAAGUACUUUCUUUACCAGAUCCUGUGCGGGCUAAAGUAUAUACACAGUGCAGAUGUCAUCCACCGAGAUUUGAAGCCUGGGAACAUCUUGUGCACUUUGAACGGAUGUUUAAAGAUCUGCGAUUUUGGCCUCGCUAGGGGUAUCCAUGCCGGGUUUUUUAAGUGUCAUUCCACUGUGCAGCCCCAUAUAACCAAUUACGUUGCUACAAGAUGGUACAGAGCACCUGAGCUGCUUUUAUCCAACCAACCAUAUAACAAGUCCGUCGACAUAUGGGCUGUAGGGUGCAUUCUUGCAGAAUUCUAUGCUCGAAAGCCCGUAUUUAUGGGACGUGACUCCAUGCAUCAGAUUUUUGAAAUCAUCAAAAUCUUGGGCACUCCCGAUAAAGAUCUUUUGAUCAAGUUUGGUACCAUUAAAGCUUGGAAUCUAGGCAAAAACAGUAAUAAUCCUGUAUAUAAGAAAAUCCCAUGGUCCAACAUUUUCCCCUUUGCCUCGCAUGAAGCUAUUAAUCUUAUAGAUUCCUUACUCCAUUGGGAUUCGACACAUAGGUUAAAUGUGGAGCAAGCCAUAUCACAUCCGUUCCUGGAUGAAGUGCGAAAGCCAGAUGACGAGCCCGUUUGUCUCCAAGGUCCCUUCGACUUCACUUAUGAAUCCGAGCUGGAUUCGAUGUCCAAAUUAAGAGACUACUUGAUUGAGGAAGUGAAUGGAUUUAAAACCGAGUUGUCCUCCUCGUCUUUAUAG